GACCCAUCCCCGAUGGUGCUGAUUCAGUUGUUCAAGUUGAGGACACUGAAGAAAUUGUAGAUGCUUCAGGCAAAACUAAGCUAGUAAGAAUAUUGGUGCAAACUAGCAAAGGUGUUGAUAUCCGUCCAGUGGGAUGCGAUAUUGAGAAAGAUGCCACUGUAGUAAAAUCUGGAGAAAGAGUAGGCGCUUCAAAAUUGGCCUUCUAGCUACUGCUGGUGUAAUGUCAGUGAAGGUGUAUCCUACACCAAAAAUUGCUGUGCUAUCUACCGGAGACGAACUUGUGGAGCCAACAACAGGGUGUCUAAAUCGUGGCCAGAUCAGGGACUCUAACCGUGCAAUGAUACUAGCAGCAGCAAUGCAACAGCAGUGCGAGGUUCUUGACCUUGGUAUUGUGAGAGAUGAUAAAGAAGAUCUUGAAAGAAUGCUAGACAGUGCUGUUUCAACUGGAGUUAAUAUUCUUUUAACUUCUGGAGGUGUUUCCAUGGGAGAUAGGGAUUUUGUCAAGCCAUUACUUGAAAAGAGAGGGAUAGUACAUUUCAAGAAGGUCUGCAUGAAACCAGGGAAACCUUUGACUUUUGCAACAAUAAAUUCAGAAACAGCAGAAAGUAUGCUGGUAAAUAAAAUCCUUGCAUUUGGGUUACCAGGAAAUCCUGUGAGCUGUCUAGUUUGUUUUCAUCUCUUCGUAGUCCCUACUAUUCGCAAGCUUGGUGGAUGGGCAAAUCCCCAACUUUUGAGAGUGCAAGCUCGUCUUCAGCAGUCAAUAAGGACAGAUUCAGUUAGACCAGAGUUUCAUUCUGCUGUUAUUAGAUGGAAGGUCAAUAAUGGAUCAGGCAACCCUGGCUUUGUUGCUGAGAGCACUGGGCUACAGAGGAGCAGCCGACUUUUAACUAUGAGGUUGGCUAAUGCUUUGUUGGAGUUGCCAGCAACAGGCAAUGUAAUUUCUGCAGGAUCAUCUGUAUCAGCUCUCUUAAUAUCUGAUAUAAGCAGCACGGUUGCAAGUGAGAGUGCCACAUCAUCAGAUCCCACUGUACUUUUGCAAGGAAGGUCAUCUGCUGAAGUAAAUGUGGAUGGAUCUUGGGCUCCUGAAGUUAGAGUAGCAAUCCUUACAGUGAGUGAUACUGUUGCCUCAGGGGCUGGGCCUGAUAGAAGUGGUCCUAGAGCAGUUUCUGUUGUGAAUUCCUUAUCAGAAAAGAUAGGAGGGGCAAAGGUAUUUGCUACAGCUGCUGUCCCUGAUGAUAUUGGAAAAAUUAAAGAUGUUUUGCAAAGAUGGAGUGACGUUGACAAGAUGGAUCUCAUCCUUACCCUCGGCGGCACUGGCUUCACUCCAAGAGAUGUAACACCUGAAGCAACAAAACAAUUGAUUGAGAAAGAAGCACCUGGUCUUCUCUUUGUUAUGAUGCAAGAGAGCUUAAAGGUAACACCAUUUGCUAUGCUAUCACGUGCUGCAGCGGGAAUAAGAGGGAUGACAUUGAUUAUUAAUAUGCCUGGCAAUCCAAACGCUGUCGCUGAGUGCAUGGAGUCUUUGGUGCCUGCACUUAAGCAUGCAUUGAAGCAGAUUAAAGGAGACAAGAGGGAGAAAAAUCCGCGUCAUGUCCCUCAUGCACUAGCAGCAACUACCGACACAUGGGAGCGCAGUUAUAAAUUGGCCACCGGCAGUCAUAAGGAGACUGGUUGCUCGUGUUCUCAUUAGACCGAUUUCUCGAGGAAAAAAACACAUGUUGUGAACUUCACCGGUUCUUGGAAUCUCUCUCUCUCUCUCUCUCUCUCUCUCUCUCUCUUUCUUAAACAAAUCUCUCCAAGCUGGUUUAAAUUCACAAUAACCACCAAUAACUGUGCCGUAGUUACUCAUUUUGCAUUGAAUAGAUAAUAAUUCUCAUAUUAGAUAUAAGUUUAAAA